CUUUUGUUAAUAAUAACAACAGCUUUUGUUGUUGCAUCUCUCUCUCUCUCUAUAGGGACACAGAAGAGAGAGAGAGAGAGAGUGAUAAGUUACCUACCACAGUGUAGAGUAAUAUCUUUUUUCACACAAUUCAUUAACCUUUUGGUUCUUUUUUGUUGAGCUUCAUAAAAACUCAAACUAUCUUCAUCAAACUUUGGUGGAGUAUUAAUGAUCUUUGCUUCACUUAGUCAUUACAUGAAGAUUCUCAUCUUGGUUGUUACAAAAUGCAGGUAAAUGAGGACAAGUUUCAUGUUGUUGUGGACAUAGACAACAAUGUAUGUCACCGGAGUAAUGAACGAUGUUCUAACUCCGGUGACCGGUUAAAUGAGGAUCAAAGGUGUGAGAUUGUAGGAGUGUCUGAAAAACAAAGAGGAUCUUGUGAUUCAGAUGGUUCAUCUGAAUCAGAAUGUUCUGUGGAGUUGGAUCUGGAUGGUGGUGGUGUAGUUUCUGAUGUUAAGGUGCAUUUGGAUAAGGUGGAGAGGGAUUGUAGGAUUUGUCAUCUUAGUAUGGAUAUGACAAACCAUGAAUCUGGAAUUCCUAUGGAGCUUGGUUGUUUUUGCAAAAAUGAUUUGGCUGCUGCUCAUAAGCAUUGUGCUGAGGCUUGGUUCAAGAUUAAAGGCAACAAAACUUGUGAAAUCUGUGGAUCAAUUGCACACAACGUAGCCGGUGCUAUUGAAGUUCAAAUGACAGAACAGUUCAAUGAAUCGAGUGAUCCCUCCAUUGUACCUCCAACUGGACCUUCACCGCCAUCAGAAACUCGAAAUUUUUGGCAGGGACAUCGGUUUUUGAAUUUCCUUCUAGCAUGUAUGGUUUUCGCCUUUGUCAUAUCAUGGCUUUUUCACUUUAAUGUUCCCUCUUGAAUUCCUGUGUAACUUGAGGAUGAAGCAGGUAACAUGAUAGAGGGUUAUGGACACAGGUAUCAAACUCAAUACCUUAUGUCUCUCCAUAGUUUGAUUUGGAGAUGUGUACUUUUUUACAUAUAUGAUGUUCAUAUAUGUUUUUAUGAUGUUAUUGUUGUUUCUCUUGUUUUGUUCAACCUAGGAUAGUAUCAAAAGGAUGUUAUCUUAAUAUCUUUAUUUAAAUUUGUAUAUCAUUGUAAGUCUUUUUUCUCCAUCAUGUAUAAAUUGUAUUGUUUAAAUUGAUACACAUGUUGGACAUGUGGAGGAAAAAAAUAUACUUUAGUUUAAUGUUGUGUUUUGGUGUAUAUAUGAUUAAUAUUCAUGAGUGAAGGAAGCAUAUGAAUUUAUUGUUA